CCUUUGAGACGGUUGGUCAUAUGGUUGUUUUCCACUUUAUCAGGUGGUUCUGGACAAAAGCAAGCCAAAAAUACAAACAGUUGUAAAUAAGAUUGAUGUCAUUCAAAAUGACUACCGAACAAUGCAGCUUGAGGUGUUAGCAGGGAAUCACUCCUUGGUGACUACAGUGGUUGAGAAUGGACUGCGAUUUCGUGUUGAUUUGGAAAAAGUGUAUUGGAACUCAAGGCUUGGAACGGAGAGGCAGAGGCUUCUGAGUGGCUUCAAUCGCAAUGAUGUCAUAUGUGAUGUAUUCUCUGGGGUUGGUCCGAUUGCAAUAUCUGCUGCUAAGAUAGUAAAACGUGUUUAUGCUAAUGAUUUGAACCCUUUUGCGUUUGAAUAUCUUGAAAGAAAUAGUGUCCUCAACAAACUUGAGAGGAAGAUUAAGAUCUUUAACAUGGAUGGAAGAAGGUUCAUCAAUGCUAUGUUUUCUAGUGAGAAAGCACAUUCCAUCACACAUGUAGUUAUGAAUUUGCCGAAUGAUGCUGCAGAAUUUCUUGAUGCAUUCAGGGGAGUAUACAGAGAUCAACCUAGAGAUAAAGAAUUAAACUUUCCCACUAUUCAUGUCUAUGGAUUCUCUAAAGCUCGAGAUCCCGAGUUUGAUUUUCAUGAGCGGAUACGAAUCGCCUUGCAAGAAGUUGCUGUUAAUGUGGACAUGCGUAGGGUACGCCUUGUUGCACCCGAAAAAUAUAUGCUGUGUGCAUCUUUUAUCCUUCCAAGGAGUGUAGCUUUUGCAGAAUGUAGUUUAAAUGUGUAAAAUAGCUGAUUUGUAAAACUGAGAAGUUCAUAUCAAAUUUUGUAUUAUUCAUUUCUGUGGCAAAUAUACUCAUUUUCACUGAGGUGAAUGUAUGCUUUCAGAA